GAGACAAAACAGCUGGCUAAAGGACUGUAUGGAGACCGUCACAUGAGAUCUGAUGUCAUACGGGACGCGCGGCAGAGGCAGCUGCUCUCGUAAGGUGGCAGUCAGUCAUCAAUUGAAUAGGAGCAAAGAAAUCAACGCAUUGCGCACAGACAUUAUUGUUGUUAUAAAACCUUGGGAUUUUCAAAUUAAAUUAGAGGUUUGCAGUUUGUAAUAAGCUGAACUUUUCCAGCGACAUUUGAUCUUAUUUUGCAAACCGACAGACGAUGGACAGCAACGUGGUGCAGAUUUUUAAGGAGGACAAAUGCCCCUUAUCUCACCCCGAGAAGUGUUUGCCCAACUUCACAUGGCAGUCUGUUGUCUCGGACAUUUAUAACUAUUCACUGAAUGAAAGCUGGACGAACGAGCAGGAAACUAGGUCCCCUAUCAUUCCGAUCAUCGCUGCCGUGUACUCUGUGGUGUUUGUUGUCGGACUAGUGGGAAACUGCCUUGUGAUGUAUGUCAUUAUCAGAUACACUAAAAUGAAAACCGCCACCAACAUCUACAUCUUCAACCUGGCUGUUGCCGAUGCCUUGGUAACCACCACCAUGCCCUUCCAGAGCACAGAUUACCUACUGAACUCCUGGCCGUUUGGUGAGGUGGUGUGUAAGGUUUUCAUCUCCAUCGACUACUACAACAUGUUCACUAGUAUCUUCACUUUGACCAUGAUGAGCGUGGACCGCUAUGUGGCGGUCUGCCACCCUAUCAAGGCUCUGGACUUCCGGACUCCGAUGAAUGCUAAGAUCAUCAAUAUCCUCAUCUGGGGUUUGUCCUCGGCUGCUGGGAUCCCUGCAAUGGUCCUUGGGAGCACUCAGACAAACAAUGGGACGACAGAGUGUGCUCUGCAGUUUCCAGAACCGUAUAUCUACUGGGACACAGUGAUGAAGAUCUGCGUCUUCAUCUUCGGCUUUGUGGCUCCCCUCCUCAUCAUCACCGUUUGCUACACGCUCAUGGUCCUGCGCCUUAAAAGCGUCCGCCUGCUGUCGGGCUCGCGGGAAAAAGACCGCAACCUGAGACGCAUCACCCGCCUGGUGCUGGUUGUGGUCGCUGUGUUUGUGGUGUGCUGGACGCCCAUACACAUCUUCAUCUUGGUCAAAGCUCUCGCGCACGGAGUGCCGGAGACCACAGCAGUCAUGGCCGCCUACUUCUUCUGUGUGGCGCUUGGAUACACCAACAGCAGUCUCAACCCCAUCCUGUACGCUUUCCUUGAUGAGAACUUCAAACGGUGCUUCAGGGACUUCUGCUGCCCGGGCCGGGCCAAGGGGGACGGGCACGGCGUCAGUCGGGUCAGAAGCACUCUUCGUGAGCACACGUGCCCAGCAGAGGCCAAACGGGACGGAGGCCACGGUCGACCCGUAUGACUAGCCGUGGAGCUAUCAUCCUUUCAGGGUCGAGAGGACUCGAAUGACCUGGGACUGACACAGAUCACCACCGCCAUCUGAGGAAGAGAAUGUGCCCUUUAUGUUUUUAAAAUAACUAUUGCUAGAGUUUGCAAAAAGCGAUCGUUUAGUGAAAUCAUUGUCUUGUUUCGUAUGUCCAUCCAUAUUCAAUUUUUUACAGAAUCACCUCAUUCAAAUCUUUGUUUAUCACUUUUCUUUUAUGUCCAUCGACCAAAGAUGUUGUAUGGUUAAAAUGUCAUUGCGUAAUGUUAUAAGUCCUUUGUGAUAUUAUAUUAC